AUGUGUGUCACAGUGCGGCACAGCUGCAUGCGUUUGCUCAUGCAGUCGCGGCCCCAAGCAGGUGGCCUGUUUCUGCUGGCAGCAGCCCUGCAGCUAAGUCUGCCUCGCAGCGUUCCAGCAAUUGGCACUGGAAGGUCAGCGUGGCCCGCAACUCCAUCACUGCACCAAGUCAAUUUCGAAAACUCUCAUAAGCUUUGCUCCACCCACAACACAGAUAUUCAAGAGUCUUUCGAUUGCCCGAUAUGCCUUCCAACCACUCAGACUGCUGGAUGCCCUGGCUCCAUCCAGCCAGCCCGGAAGCCAGUGCCAUUGCAGUUCUUGCAUUUCACCAAACCCUAA